AUGGAGAUCGUCCAGGUAGUUCGUGAUAGGCUUUUGACAGCUCAGAACCGUCAGAAGUCGUAUGCAGAUCAUAGGCGUCGACCCUUAGAGUUUGCAGUUGAUGAUUUGGUGUACCUUAGAGUAUCGCCUAUGAAGGGGGUAGUGAGGUUUGGGAGGAGAGGUAAGCUCAGUCCUCGGUAUGUUGGACCUUUUCGCAUCCUUAGGCGGAUUGGGAAGGUAGCUUAUGAGUUGGCACUACCACCGUCGAUGGUUGGAGUGCACCCCGUAUUUCAUGUGUCAAUGCUACGCGGAGUUAUUGGAGACCCCUCUCAUGUUUUUCCCCCGACAGCACCCACUAUGAUCCAACCAAGCUUGCAAUAUGAAGAGCAACCUGUUAAAAUCUUAGAUAGGCAGGUCAGAAAGCUUAGAUCUAAAGAAAUAGUUUCCGUUAAAGUUCAGUGGAGCCACCAUAGUGAGGGUGAGGCCACUUGGGAGAUGGAAGAUGCUAUGAAAGAGAAAUAUCCUUAUUUGUUUCCGUGA